AUGCCGGUCGAUUUCGACGAUAGUAGUGACUACGGAUCCGAUUUUACCCCGGAUGAAGAAGAGCUGGUGAACGAACUGCUCGCCAAAGUCGCCACGGACCACGCGACCGUCCAGGCCGCUGCCACAACCGCGGCGCCAGCGACUCCGACGACACUGACCUCGACAGCGGCAGUCCAGAAUAUACUACGGACGACUGUCGCUGCGGUCGCUGAUAUUGAGGACUAUGCGGAGGUUUCAGCGACUGCACGAGUGCCUCGGGUGCUGGGUCGAGAGAAGCCCGAUCCAUGGCAGAAGCGCAAGCACUGGCAGGGUUCGACGGCUGCUGGGGGCCGGGCAGUUCAGAUCUCAGGCGACGUUCUCGCCGCGUCUGUUAUUGCGAAGCGCUUAGUCGAGCAUCCAAGUUCCAUCGAAGGUCGUCAACGACAGCGCGAAAGAGAUGUAGCUCGGGAACAAGAGUGGGUUGGUGACUCGACCACGACUCCUGCGCCGGAUUCCCGGUCGCCUAUUGAACGUUUCAGACAGCCGCCCAACAAGGCCUUCUCGGUCACGGACUUGAUCUCGCCUGCGUGGUGUGAGCUACAAUACUGGUAUACCUUGACCAAGCAUGGGAGGAAGAGGAGGACCGCCGCUAUGAAGCAGGGGAGUACGAUCCACAAGACCCUCGAGGAUGAGGUGUAUACUACGGUGGCCGUGGAGAUCACGACCAAGGAGGAUGCGCUGGCCUUGAGGCUGUGGAACAUCGUGCAGGGCUUACGGACACUGCGCGAGUAUGGUCUCACUCGGGAGCUGGAGGUAUGGGGCCUUGUGGACGGGGAGCUGGUCAACGGGGUCAUUGAUCAGCUUUCUUAUGAGUGUCCGGACCCGGUGCUCGAGGCCACAGCCGCGAGCUACUAUGCCGAUGUGGAGGCCUCGAGGGCGGCCCUGCCUGAGUACCAGAUGUCAUUGACAGAGUACCUGCUAUCUCCGUCGCAAGGUGGGAAGAAACUAUCGGACAUGAUGUGGAAGGAUGAACAACCAGACGAGCCGGUCGAGGAACCUCCAAGCACCCAGUCCUCCGAGGCGUUCAAUAUCCCCCGAAUCUACCUAACGGACAUCAAGACACGAGCCAGCGGCUCGAUACCCACCACCAAGAGCACGUCUUUCCGGCCGACGCUCCUCCAGCUCCAGAUGUACUACCACAUGCUGAACCGUCUCGCUACCACUGACGAAGUCACGAUCGAGCUGCUGGCUUCUCGGUACAACCUCGACCCCCAGCGCACCUUUACCGACGGCUUCAUCGCCGAAGUCGGCGGUCUGAACGACCAGUUCUUCGAUACUUUCUCGACCCCGGAGUUUGAUCCGGAUUUUACUCCGUCACCAGAAGACGCCGCGCGAAGACACCCCCACAACUCACCAGGCUCCACCCCCUCCGCCAGCCAAGACUCAACCAGCAUUCUCCUCGCUCAUAAUAACCUAACCAGCCUGUGGAGAUUUAUGAAGGACCAGCUGCGCCUCACCUUCCUCCCAUCCCAACAAUCAUCUAUAUCCAUUGCGCCGUCCAUCCCCUCCGAAUUCCAGCCCAGCAUGCUAGAAUCCUACCCUACGAUCAUCUCCCCGCUCCUGACAGCGCGCUACCUCUCGUCUGCCCCGACGGCUGAUCUCAACUCUCGCGUCCUGGGCAGUCGGAGCUUCCUCUUCGAUCUCACAACCAUGUCGUCGUAUCUGUCGGACCAGAUGGACUGGUGGCGCGGGAAGCGAGACCCGCGCGGCGUCGAAGUCAUGGAAGCGUGGAAGUGUCGCAUCUGUGAAUUCCGAGAUGAAUGUUCGUGGCGCGAGCAAAGGGAGUGGGCGAUGGCGAGACGUAAGAGAGGGAGGAAGUCUCUUGACUUCGCUACUGUGUGA